AUGCUCCCUGCCGUCCCUCCGCACAAAGCAGCACCACCCUGCGUUGCUCGAGAUGGCCUUCGUUUGGAUUUCCCCGAAGGAGUGCGCGGAAAGGGUCGAAGAUCUCAAUCUGCAUCCGCCGUGUGCAUGCUCGUUCUUGGACUCCCAGUGGCUUCCAGAAGGCAAGGCGGAAGACGAAGUGAUGAGGCCAACAGUAUGAAGUCGCUACUGGCAAGUCCGUCUCCCUGGGUCCUUGUGCUGUCGAGGGGGCAAGUCGCCUUCAGGCCCGCUUCUGUCUCUGAUUGCCCAAGCGAGACCACAAGCCACGAGACACAGACGGAAGCCUGCAAAAACAUUGCCAAGCUCAAGGACAUGGUCUUCGUCAAGGACAUGCGUGCAGCCAUGACCUCCGGAGAAUUUGCUCUUCGGCUGCGAGGCGCUGAGCGUCCUGGACUGGUGGACUACGAGGGCUUGUACAACGUCCUGGAGGGAUUUGCAGGGAGGCUGUCGGAGCUGGAGGCUUCCGAGGUCUUGUGUGAAGAGGACGCUUGGAAGGCAGAGGAGGACUUGAAGCUCAUACAGGGUGAGCUGCAAGACAGAGUCGUGGAAAUGACGCAGGAGCCUGGUCGCGAUGCGCAAGUGGGCCAGGAUGCGGUCAAGAGCAGCAGCGAGCAGGAUGCACGCCGUACGAGCUUGAAUGCCAAAGCAGCAUCUCAAGCGCGCAAGAAGUUCAUGCUGUACCUCCGAGGGGAUCAGAUGGUGGACGUUGACACCGUCCUCCAGGAUUCCCAAGCUGAGCAGCCUUUCAGCCGCGACUUGUGGGAGCGUCUUGAAGGCAAGACUCAGCACUCCGAGGGUGAAUGGUCACCGUACGAAGACUCGCAGGAGGCCGAGGGACGAAUACAGCAAAAGGAGGCUGUUCUGCUCCAGGCCAAGCAGGAGCUCAAGACAGCCAAAGCGAAACGAGCCAAAGUGCUUAAGAAAAUGAAGAAGGCAGCCAGCAAGGGCGGCUUGCAAGACAAGAAGCCCAUCGACUUGACAACGGACUUGUUCCGUUGGGAUCGACGGAUCUCUGGUCAUCAAGUCCUCGUCCUGCUUGCAAACGUGGAUUUGAUCUUUGACAAGGUUGCGCUGCAGCUGGAGAAGCUGCUGGUGCAAGCUGAUAUUGCCGAAUGGGAUCACUCAGGUCGUCGGCUGAAGCGGCUGGUGCUGAAGCUGUCUGCCCUGGAGGUUCAGGUCGCUCCGUACCGGAAGUACGUGCGAGAGAGCCCAGAAAAGGUGGUACACAUCAAGGGCCUGGACUGGGACGAGCUGCAGAUGCUCGAGGAGCAGAUAGCAUCCAUUGCUCAAAGCGUCGGGUUGCACGUGGAGCGAAUCAACCAGCGUAGCGGCUUCUUCGCGCCGAUCCGGAGACAAAUGUUGUCUUUCGCAACUUCCUGGCAAAAGAUUCGGCGAGGAAUCGUUUUCCAGGCCAAUGGAGUUCGCCUGCUUUCCCAGGACCUCCGCCUUACGCUAAAGCUUCUCCUCAAGGUUGUCUUCCUGAAUCACGCCCUAGAAGACCGAGAAGUCCGGAUCUGCAGACGAGCUGUGAAGGACUUGCUCGUAUCGGUGCCCUUCCUGAUCCUGCUCCUUAUCCCGCUGUCACCACCGGGGCAUAUGCUUGUGUUUUCCCUCAUCCUCAAGGUCUAUCCCGACUUCGUCCCGUCGCCAUUCACGGAGCAUCGCCAGAAUGUGAUGCGGAUCUACAAUGCAAUUAAGCCAGUGAGCGAGAAGAGUGAUCACAGCAGUUGGAGUUAA